CCUGGCAGGGGAUGUCAUUCUCUAUAGAGAGGAGUGAAGGACCUGCUGUUUACUCUCCCCAAGAUUCUGUGCUUCUUACAUUUCUGCUAAAGAGUUUUUUUGUGUGUAAAAGGCUGUUUGUUUGGUUUUGACCUCCGAGAGCCUGUCUCAAGCUAUUAACUAGAUGUCCAGCCAAAAUCAAUUGCCUAGCAGAUGCAGACCAUUACCUGAAAGUCAAGACCUCAAUAAAUAUUGCCAGCCUCAUUGUACUGGUGACAGAUUCUGUUGGUUGUUUUGUGUUACAGUUGACCAGUUUAGACAUUGGAUUUGUAUAUAUUUGCAGUCAGCCUUAGAGAGACCAUCUUGUGAGCAGAGCAGGAGCAGGCAACCUGCAGACUCAAGAAAUACUUCCAUGAUGACCACGGCAGGUGUGUUUGUGCUCCUCUCCUUCGUGCUUUGCUCUUUCCCAGAUGCUGCCCUCGGGGUUGAGGUGGACUGCAGUAAGUAUCCCAACACUACAAAUGUAGAAGGCAGAGAGAUGUUCAUCUGCAAUGAGAUCCUUGGCCCCAUCUGUGGAAGUGAUGGAAUCACCUAUAGCAAUGAGUGCUUUCUCUGUGCCUACAAUAGAGAAUAUGGAACCAAUGUCAGCAAAGACCAUGAUGGAGAAUGCAAGGAAAUUGCUCCUGUGGACUGCAGUAAAUACCCCAACACAACAAAUGAGGAAGGCAAAGAGGUGUUGCUCUGCAGCAGAGACUUGAGCGUUGUCUGUGGCACUGACGGGAUCACCUAUGACAAUGAGUGCCAGCUGUGUGCCCGUAACUCAGAGACUGGAACCAGCAUUGGCAAGAAGUCUGAUGGUGAAUGUAAGAAGGACAUUGCUACAGUUGACUGCAGUGACUACCCCAAACCUGCCUGUGUGGUUGAGUACAGGCCUGUCUGUGGCUCUGACAGCAAAACAUACAGCAAUAAGUGUGAAUUCUGCAAUGCAGUCGUGGACAGCAAUGGGACUCUCUCUUUAAGCCACUUUGGAAAAUGCUGAGUAUCAGUGCUGAGAGAAUUCACUACAGGAUCCCCACUGGCAAAUCCCAGCUAAAGAUCUCACCUCGGUUCAUCUUGCCCUCUGGGGAACUCAGCUCACUCCUGAUUUUCUUUCUCAAUAAACUGCAUCAGCAACA